AUGAUUUGUAGUGGAGGCGAUGGAAGUCGGAGAAGGACACGUGUUAGGGACAUCAGCAAACGUCCGGGACAGUUUCUGUUUGCGAGUCAGUAUAAUUUUUUUUAUAUAUUUUGGUAUAUUCCUUUCAUUAUUCUGUCUAUCUAUCUUUCUAUCACUCUAUUCUUCUUUCUUGUACAUUCUUGUGUACUUGUUUCGAUUUUCUUCCUUUCUCAUUUGUUUUAUUUCUCACUCUUUCAUCCUUGUUCGUCCUAUCUUUCUUUCUAUUACCCUUGCUUGUUCUUUCUUUCACUCACUCCCUCUCUUACUUUCUUUCAUCAUUCUUUGUUGUUCUAUCUUUCAAUUUAUCUCUCUCCAUCUCACCCUUUCUUUCUUUCUCGAAAUGAUUCCUGCUUGUUCUUUCUUUCUUUCUUUCUUUCUUUCUUUCUUUCGUUUUCUUUCUUUCUUUCUUUCGUUUUAAUACCUUUUUCUUUCAUUCUUUCUUUCUUUAAUUCUUUCUUUUCUACCUUUUUCUUUCUUUCUUUCUUUCUUUCUUUCUUUUUCUUUCUUUUAAUACCUUUUUCUUUCAUUCUUUCUUUCUUUAAUUCUUUCUUUCUUUCUUUUUUCUACCUUUUUUCUUUCUUUCGGUCUCUCAAUUAG